AUGAGAAGGUUCGGCAGGGAGAAGGAUAUUGUUGAAGCCAACCUCGCUGCCGUGCUCAAUGCUCCGCCGUGCGACGAGGACAGCUGCACCGGGCGGCACCAUCCCACACUGCACGGGAGCAGAAGAGUGCUUCUGCGCCAGCGUGAGUCUGGCACCCCUGCAUCUCACCGCACUGUAGCCGCAGCUGCGCCUGGCUCUGAGCGGAGACAAACCAAGACGCUCCUGCAGACUGUGCCCGUCCGAGUGAUGGGAUCAGAGGGAAGAUUCGUAGAUACCUUCGCACUUCUUGAUUCCGGGGCCCAGGUAUCUCUCUGCAGCGAAGACAUUCUGAAGACGUUGAAACUCGAAGGAGAGGCUCAAUCCCUCUGUCUAGAUAACAUCGAAGGAACUGGACGCACAAGAACGGCACUGAAAGUGGCACUGGAGCUGCACCCUCUGUCGCGGGACGCAACCACCACCUCCAUAACUGUGGAUGAAGUCUGGACUGUGCCGACUCUCAGCGUGCCGUCUCCUAAGAUAAGCCGCACAGAAAGAGCUGAAUGGAAGCAUAUCGAGGGACUGGACAUACGUGACGUUCGUCCCGAACAGGUGAAGGUGCUGCUCGGCGCCAACGUCUCCGAAGCGAUCGUCCAGAGGGAAGCUCGUGUCGGAAAGAGAGGCCAGCCCGUCGCGGUAAGGACGGAUUUCGGCUGGUCCCUGUCGGGGACUGUGGCAGGACUGGUGCCACCCGAACUGCAGCACGUCCUGCACGUGCAUCGUGAGGCCACUCAGGAAGACGAACUGGAUAGCCUUUUGAAAGAAUUUUGGCUGACAGACUCAUUCGGCGCAAAAUACAGCUCAAAGACGUCUGCGUCUGAAGACGAUAGGCGCGCCGAGCAGCUUCUGCAAACCACUACGAGAUGGCGUGGAGACCGCUAUGAGACAGGUUUGCUGUGGUGUGAAGAUGACGUCACUCUGCCUUGCAACUACACGGCAGCGGUGGACCGGCUGGAGCGCACGGAGAGGUCGCUGCAGCGCUGCCCGGAGAAAGCGGAAGCCUAUCAGAAGACGUUCGAGAGCUACCUCAGCAAAGGUUAUGCCAGAAAGCUGAAGCCGCAGGAGCGUGAGAAGAGGACAAAGAGACGCUGGUUUCUGCCGCACCAUGCAGUCGUAAACAAGAACAAACCCGACAAAGUCAGAGUCGUGUUCGACGCUGCAGCAUCCUACGCCGGCGUAUCGCUCAACAGCCGCCUGCUCACGGGACCUGACAUGCUGCAGAGCAGUAUCGGAAUCCUGAUCAGAUUUCGGCAAGAUCGAAUCGGAAUAUCUGCAGACAUCGAGGAGAUGUUUCACCAGGUCGCGGUCAGAGAAGAGGAUCAGGCGGCACUGAGUUUUCUCUGGAGAGACAUGGAAAAAGAAAGAGUCCCUGAUGUAUAUCAGAUGGACCGCGUCAUUUUCGGCGCCAGAUCGUCGCCAGCAUCGGCAGCAUUCGUGCUGCGUCGGACGGCGUUAGAUAGUCCGAUCGGCAGCUGCACCGAUCGCGAGUCCGUCAGGAACAGCUUCUACGCCGAUGAUUUCGUCCGAUCAGAGUCGACUAUAUCUGCUGCAGUUGAGCGUGCCAAGGCGGUGACCGCUAUCGUCGGUAGUGGGGGCUUUCGGCUGACAAAAUGGCUCAGCAACUCCCGUGAAGUAUUGGCUCAGAUGCCAGCUUCUGAGCGCGCCGCCUCCGUCAGAGAUCUGGAUGAAAAAAUGCCUACUGAAAAGGUUUUAGGCAUCGUGUGGAACACAAAUAUGGACAUGAUCGGGCUGCAAGUAUCGCCACUCGACGUGCCGUCGACCAAGCGCGGCAUUCUCAAGCAGGUGGCGUCGAUAUUUGACCCGCUUGGCAUCGCCGCUCCUUUCCUGCUCGUGGGAAAAGUCUUGGUACAGCGCCUGUGGGCCCUGCGGCUCGAGUGGGACAGGCCGGUGACCGGGGCCGAGCUGGAGCAGUGGGAGAAGUGGAAGACGGAGCUGAGAACCCUGAAGCAGCUGCAAAUCCCUCGCAGCUAUAAAGAUGGCAGCGAUCUGGUCGUUGAGAGACAACUGCAUGUAUUCUGUGACGCCUCGGAGACGGCUUUUGGAGCCGUCGCCUAUCUCCGAGCAAAAACUGUAACGGGAAAAGUCACAUGCUCGUUCGUCAUGUGCAGGACCCGUGUGGCGCCGCUGCGGAAGCUCUCAAUCGUCCGUCUGGAGCUGCAGGCGGCAGUGUUGGCGGUGCGCCUGGCGAGUACUGUCUCGCAGGAGCUUUCACCGCAACCUCAUCGGACCUUCUUUUGGAGUGACAGUAUGGUUGUCCUGCAAUACCUCGCCAGCAGCAGCCGACGUUUCCACACGUUCGUAGCCAACCGGAUCGCUGAGGUACAAGACUCGUCGGAGCCCUCUCAGUGGCACCAUGUUCCCGGCAAGUUGAACCCUGCUGACGACUGCUCGCGCGGGCUGCCUGAGGCUGCCCUGCUGAUCACGAGUGAGCGCUGGUUUCAAGGGCCAGCCUUCCUUGCUGAAGACGAAGAGCAGUGGCCGGCGGGUAUCAGCCUCCCGCCGCCUGAAAGUACCGAUCCCGAGGUGAAGAUGGCUCUGGACAGCAAAAGCAGUCUGCUGUCACUCUCACCUCAACUGGGCGGCGACGGAAUACUGCGAGUAGGCGGGCGCCUCUCCAACGCCCCGCUAGACGAGACGGCCCGGCAUCCAGUGAUUCUGCCCCGCGGAUCGGAGGUUACACGGCUCGUCGUAACUGCCUACCACUCAUCCCUCAUGCACGCCGGAGUCGAGCAUGUCAUAAAUGACAUGCGUCAGAAGUUCUGGGUGCCGUGCGCACGCGCCGCCGUCAAGCGCGUGCUAUCUGCCUGCCCUCUCUGCCGCAGACGAAGGGCUCUACCGCAGCCUCCGAGAGAGGCAGAUCUGCCUGCAGUCAGGUUCGAUGACUGCAGACCCUUCCACAACGUGGGAAUCGACUUCUUCGGACCACUGCUCAUCAAAAGGAACAGGAAAACGGAGAAACGCUACUGCUUGCUGGUGACCUGCUUGACGACAAGAGCAGUCCAUCUUGAGCUGACAAACUCACUCGACACCGACUCGUUUUUGAUGGCGUUCAGAAGAUUCGUCGGGAGACGCGGCAAGCCAGCUCGAGUAUACUCGGACAACGGCAAAAGCUUCAGAAAGGGGGAGAAAGAACUGAGAAGCGCUCUGGCUGGCUGGAAUCGAGAGUACCUGUCUGACCAGCUAUCGCAAGAAGAUAUCGAAUGGCACUUCAGCACGCCGGCGGCACCUCACAUGGGAGGAAUCUGGGAAAGAAUGGUGGCGUCUGUGAAGCGGGCGCUGAGGGCAGUGCUCGGGAGAGUCGUCGUCUCGGAAGAAACUCUAAGCACAGUCAUCGUUGAAGUGGAAUCAAUCGUCAACAGUCGACCGCUGACUCAUUUCAGCACCGAUGAGACUGAUCUGGAGGCCAUCACUCCAAAGCACAUUCUCCUUGGCCACCCAGCCUGCUCGCUGCCGCCAGGACUGUUCGACCCAGCGGACCCUCCCUGCAAAAGGAGUUGGCGUCGAGCUCAGUGCAUUAGCGAUCAGUUUUGGAGGAGAUGGCGCAGGGAGUACGUGCCGUGUCUCACACAGCGGCGGAAGUGGCAGCAAGAGCGAAGGAGCCUGCAGAUCGGCGAUCUGGUGCUGCUGAUAGAGGACAAUGUUCCAAGAGGUCUCUGGCCCCUGGCUCGCGUCACGCACGUUUUCCCUGGCGCGGAUGGCCGGGUGCGGUCGCUGGAGCUGCGCUGUCGACAGAGACUUCUGCAGAGACCCGCAACGAGAGUUUGUCUCCUCGAGGAGGCCGACAGGCCACAGCUGUGA